AUUGAACGAUGAAACGCGAAAGAACAAAGCAUUCUACUCGCGGCGAUAGACAAAUUUUCGAACAUGAGUAGAAUUAUAAUCGUAUGUACACCGCACAGUGGUGGAUAAGAAUUCUAUGAAUUAGCAGCGAUAAUUAGACACCAUAUUACACGCCGUAUCCUGAAUGGUAAUUGAAUACUAAUUAGGGAUUGAAUUAGAACUGCCAAUUCAAUGAUAUUUGAUCAUUUCAUUCGCCCUUGAGCUACGGCGCGCCGGUUCCAUGGAAGCCGAAGGUCGUUCGCAACUCUCAGUUGUUUAGGAAUGGCGGAGAAUUCGAAUAAAUGGCGAAAGAUAUAGUCGUAUAAAAAGUAGGGGGAGGAAGGAAACGAUUAGUUGCAAUUACAGCAGCAGCUAUAACGACCCAACGACCUAAAUGAAAAGACUUCACACACUGCACGAAUGAGUAUUACGACACCGUUGUCCAGAAGAAUUUAAGUUACAUAUGCGGAGCUGGUGAAUGCGGACCGAUAAAAUUCUGAGAAGCCAUUGCAAAUUUGUGUUCCACGAUACCCGAAAUUUAAUCGUAAAUCUCGGUCAUACGACUGCUAAGCUUUUGAAAUCCUCAAUGCGAAUUUUCACUCGCAUGUGAUUCCAUUGUACAGUUGAUCUAGGCAGGAUCUACAGGCGAGGCACUCGUGGCCCUGUCACCGAUUUUUGCGUUAAAAGCAACAUCCGAUUUCUCGUUAACAAGAAAUUAAAAUACCACACAACUUUGAAAUACGCCGGUAUAAACUGCGUACUUGGGUAGUCGACAUACAUUUAUACAAAAGGAAUCUCCGGAAACGUGUUACACGUACACGUCUUUGAUUAAUCGUUCGAUUCGAUGCAGAAUUCCGUGUCGCGUCUAAUUACCGAAUGUGUUUCAGAUUUUUCUCAUUAUCCUCAACCUGCAUCGAUGUAGUUCGAUGUCGCGGUUGAGCAGUCUUCAACUUAGCGCGUUGUAUAAAUAAGUUGUCUUCGAGGAGACCGAUCACCAGUUUCGGCAUAGCAGUAGCCGACCAACGAAUAUCAUUUCACUCCGAUCCAUACCCGUUGAAUUAGGAACAAUUAACAUCAUGCGUGUCACUGCAAUCCGGAGGGUCUUAAUACCCGCAAUUUUCAUUAUCGCGUUCUCGGAGGUGGUAAUUUCAACGUCUUCGCCUGAGUUGGAGCGAAUACAAGGCUCUGAGAGUAUCGGGUACGGUAGUGUAGGCGGUUACGGAGGUUUUGGAAAUUCUUACGGAGGUUCCAUCGGUGGUGGAGGUUUCGGUCAAGGUCUUGGCUACGGUAAUCUCAACGGAGGUUUAGGACUCGGUUACGGCUACGGUUCGUCCCGUGGAAGUUUGGGCUACGGGGGUGGCUUAGGACUCAAGGGUGGAUCUUUCGGUUACGGAUCUGGUCUCGGUAGGGGUGGAUCUUACUCUUCAAGAUAUGGAGGAAUCGGCGGAGGGUACGGAGGUGGUCUUGGAGUCGCGGGUGCUGGGAUCGUAGACCUUGACGGUUACGAUCAAGGAGGAGAUUUGGGGUACGGUGGCUACGGAAGUGGCUACGGAGGAUACGGGGGUGGAAUAGGACAAGUAGGGUACGGAGGAUACGGGGGUGGUGGUUUGGAAAGAAAAGGUUUUGCUCAAGGUGGAGAAGCCUUCAACAACGGUGGUUACCAAAAAAACCAGGGUCUGAAGGGCCAGACCGGCAACAGAUUAGCGGAAGGUAUUUCAGCGGAACAAUUGGCAGCAAAUGACGCCAAGGGGACCGCUGGAUUUUAUUCCAAUGCGGGUGGUGCGAAAUCUGGAUACGCCGAUGACAAAUCAUUCUCGGGAGGAAGUCACUACGAUCAGAAGGGAAGCAAAGGGGCGGAAGACAAAGCGGCGAGUGGUCACAAAAAAGGACACGCCACAAAUGGUUUUGAGACGUCGCACCACAAGGACGAAACUGGAAAAACGACGACCUUUUAUGACGAGGCAAACGACGAAGGAGACCACUACAAUUUCGGGGGUAAUCGAGGAGCCUUUGGGGACCAAGGAAAUAAUUACUACAGCGGGGGACAUCAGGAUGACAAAUUCAACGAAGGACAACACGCGCAAAAGGGACAUUAUGACAAGGGACUUACUUCGGGGAAGGAAAACGCAGAUAAAUUAGCGUAUGGGAACCAAGUAUUUUACGGUAAUAACGGGCAGUAUGGAGAACUCGGAGGGAAUGAUAAGCACUCCGUUUUGGGCCAUUCAGAAGCCUCGAAAUUCUACAAGCAUCAUCCAUCAUUGUACUACUGACGAUGAGGAAUCGAAUUUUUAUCGUUCGCUUUCAAUGGUCCGAUCAAUUAGUUAGUUCAAUUAAUAAUGCAACGACCAUACAAAUAUGUUCUUGUCGAUGUACGAAUAAAGUGGAAGUUUUAUCGAGAAAAAAUUAUCAUCUUUUUUGUAUUCCGCAAGAUUAAUCCCACGAGUCUUUUUUCGCGUAGUUUCCGAUCAUCGCAUAAUUAUAACGAUCGAAUAAGUCAUGGAUUUUAUGGAUGAUUUUUAAAUAACAUUUGUGUUUAUUUCAUCAUAAGAUCAAAGGUUACAUAAAGCAGUCGGUACAUUGAAAAUAAUCCGUCUUUUUCAAGUUAAACUCAUUUGAAUCGUCUAGAGCACUGUACGUUACAGUGAAACGCAGGGUUUAAAUCAUGUACUAUUAAUUAAUCGCCUCUACAUUUACGUAUUUACCGACUAUACCAAACAAUUGUAAAAUUGCAAGCAUAGGCAGCAAGAAUUUGCGACGCGUAAUUUGCGGUGAUGUGAAUAAUGCGACGCAUGAAGUAAACGUUUGAUUUGCCAAUUUCAAGAGCCGAUGGAAAAGAUUGGGGAGGGAUAAGAUAAUGAUUAAUUAAAUAUUUGUUACUUUAGUUUUCACUUCAUCUAGCCUUCGACCAAAAUCACUUUAAAAUGCGAUAGCAGUCAGCAUCCUGUACAUACAAGUACUGGAUUUAAAAUUUUUUUUUUCAUAUAGAUUAA